GUUGCAUUCUGUCAGACUUAUCAAGUGCAUAUAUCUCUACAUCCGCGAUGUCGAAAGCAAGGCAAAAUGGAGAGUCUCAGUUGUGCGAGCGCUCUAGUCGAAGAGGCAAGGCUACAAUACUGGCUCUCGGCAAGGCCUUUCCUGACCAAAUCCUUCGCCAAGAGCGCCUUGUCGAGGGCUAUCUACGCGAUACCAACUGCGACGAUCCUGUCAUGAAGGAGAAACUCGAGCGGCUAUGCAAAACCACGACGGUGAGGACGAGAUACACAGUAAUGUCGAAAGAUAUCCUCGACAAAUACCCUGAGCUCGCCCCCACUGAGGCUCUCCGACGAUCCACACAACGCCUCGAAGAUCGCCAACCCUGCGUCCUCCGCAUGCCCGUGGAGGCCGCCGCCUGCCUUCAACGUGUCAGUGACCGCCCCGCCUCCGCCAUCACCCACCUCGUCUACGUCUCCUCGUCGGAUCGCCUUCCCGGCGGAACUACUACCUCGCCGCCAGCUCGCCUCGACCCGGCCGUCCAGUCGCCGUCAUGCUCUACUUCCAUCGGCUGUUACGCCGUCACCGGCCUCCGCGUCUGCCAAGACAUCGCGGAGAACAGCGGAAGCCGCUCCUCCGUCGUCACGUCCGAAACCACCGUCGUCCGGCUUCCGCCCACCGGCCUCUCGCCUUACGACCUCGUCGCGCCGCUGCUGUUCGGGGACGCGCUUGCCGCCCGGCUGUCGUCGGAGCAGACCCGGUGCAACACGAGCGCCGCAAUUUUCGAAAUGGAUUGGCUGGUUCAGGAGUUCAUACCUGGACACCACCGGAGGUCUCAACGGCCAGGAUUAGCUGAAGAGGGGGUGCAUUUCAAGCUAGGGAGAGAUCUACCGUCGAUUAUCGAAGCGAACAUCGACAGGUUUUGCAGGAAACUGAUGGAACGGGCCGGGUUAACGGACUACAACGAGAUGUUUUGGGCGGUUCACCCGGGCGGACCCGCGAUUCUGAACCGGUUGGAGAGUCAUCUCGGGUUGAGGGAGGAGAAGUUGCGGGCAAGUAGGAGGGCAUUGAGAGAAUAUGGGAAUGUGAGCAGCAACACAGUGUUCUACGUGAUUGAGAACAUGAUAGAGGAGUUGAAGGAGAAGGGGAAGAAAGGGGAGGAAUGGGGGUUUGUUCUGGCAUUUGGGCCGGGGAUUACGUUUGAAGGGAUUCUAGUUCGAAGCUUAGCUCAAUGAGGAGACGAUGACAGUUGUGUUAGUUGAGGAUAUUUUAAGCUUAAAGUGUCCUGCAGAUGGUUAGUUAAUAAAUUCAUCAGGGUUUUUGCAGUUACACAAAAGGACCGAUCCAAGGUAUUUUUGCAUAGAGUGUCGGGGUUUACUAUGCUUAGAUGAGCUUAUGUUUGCUAUAAAUGUCCUCAGCAAUUGUGCAAGCUUAGACCACAAAGGGAAAGAAACAAUAAAUGAACUAAAUUUUAUGAGAAAUAGCAAUUGUACCAUCUA